CACGGAAAAAACUUUAUUUCGUUUUGGCGCGCCGAGCUGCCGAAUUCGCGGCCUCCGCGAGCGAGCGUGAGAGAGAGAGAGAGAGAGAGAGAGCCAGCGGCGGCCCUCGUGCUUGUCAGCGGGGAGAUGGCAGCAGAGGAGGCGGAGGGCGACCGCGUGAUCGAAAUCGUGUCGGCGGGGUCGCUCUACCGCCGCGGCGGCGACUGGGAGCGCAAAUACUGGAGCUGCUCCAGGGGCAAGGAUAGGUACCCUUAUCCGGUAGGUUACCAUGCAGUCCGCCAUUUCUCUGGGAUAUCGUACGCCAUGGAAAUCCAACAGGGGCCCAGGGGGCCGAUAUUCCUGGUCACAUCCACCGAAGGAGACUCGGCGACAGGGGAGACCCCUGAUUUCGCUUGGAAGAACCUCCAGAAGAAGACUGGGGCUAAAGUCAGGAACUGGCAGAUAAGAAGGUCCUUCCCUCAGAAGAUUGAUGGUGCUGAGCUUUUUGGGUUCAAAAACGCAUCUGUUCAGAGAUUGCUUCGUGAGCUCAUAGUAGAUUCAACUGGAGCAGUUGAACUAAGCCUGCCUCGUGCAGUCGUUUCUGAGGAUGCUGUACUGUUAGUUCACAAAGAUUCAGCUGAUGUUUCUGAAGCUGAAGAUCUGCCUGUUUGCUUGGGCCCAGAAUGUGGAACUGCUAAAAGAAGUAUUGAGCCAAGCCAGUUGGAAAGCUCCGCUAAGAAGGUCCACUACCAAGGCAUGUUUACUUCAGUUGAUAAUUGCAAUGUAUCUACUCAUAGAAAUGCAAAUGAACGAGGUCCUGCAGGUAAAGCACUGUUGGAAAAUGUAUCUGAUUCAAGAUGCAUGCUUCUAUCGCUGGAAGAAGUCCCUGGCAAUUCAAAAUCCACUUCUCUUGAUGACAAUUUAGGAGAGCCUUCUCCAGUUUCAUCUGAACAAGUUGGUUUAUCUUCUGGUUCUUAUUUGAGCUCUGAAAAUACUGAUCUAGAAUUGGCUGAGAAGGAAGUAGCAAAGUCUAUGAUGUCUAUUUUGCUUCCCCAUGCUAUUCCCCUUCUCAAGAAAAUUAACAAAAAGAAAAAAUCCAAGCGUAAAAAGAAAGAAGGGUCUACUGUUUCAGUGAGAACACAUUCAGCUCACAAUCCAUCGGAUGAUUGCUGCCAAGGUUUAACUGUACCUACAAUUAUUGGUGAAGGUAUAAGUAAAAAUAGAUCUGGAACUAGUGACCAUGAUUGUGAUAUCGUUAAAAAUGGCUCUGCUGAUGAUGACUGCAAAAAUAAUGUGUUCACAUUAGGCAAGUUGAAUGAUUUUAUUGCAGAUAGUUUUGAGGAUGAUACACAGAUUUUGGGCAACAACAAAUCCAAAUCCAUGGAUGUUCAUCAUCAUGAGUCUGAUGUUGCAUGCUCUAGGGGACCUAAUGAGAACUCGAAGCUGCUAUAUGGAAAAACUGAAGGUCAUGCUAAACUUUAUGAGUGUCAGGUUGGUGUAAAUGAUGGCACAAAUGCACCUGAUGUGGUAUAUGAUCAUGAAAAGGGUCAAUAUAUUUUGUCUGAUUCACUCCUUGCUUGUCUAGAGGAAGAGUUUGGUGGGGAAGAUAGUUACCAGCCUGCAAACUACAACCAGUGUAAUGGUGAUGUUGAAAAAAUUCAAUUUGAACAGCAAUCUAAUGACCUUACAAAUGGUACAAAAAAUGGCUCAUCAGUUUCAAUAGAUGUUUCAUACCACAAUAAAACUAGCAGUGGAUCAAUUGAUGUUUGCGCACAAGCUUUUGCUAGACAAGGUUCAGCAGUUUCAAGGACUGGAGAGUGUUUAGCAAAUGUAUUGCCUCCAUGUCCUUCUAAUACAUGUAAUGAUGCUGAAAAGUGGGGUAAGCAUGAUGUGAGUUCAACUUCAAUAGCCCCACCUGUAUAUGAGGGAAACUUGGACAUGCAGGAUGAACAAGAUCAUACUAAAGUGCCAGCAAUUGAUCAGACGGAAAAUAGGCUUCAUGGUACUAGUUGCCAUUCUGAAAAUGUUGAGUUUGUUGACAAAUAUGUAGCUUUUGAGACACCAGAAAAUGGCAGGCAUUCUAAGGAUAGGUCACAAGGAGUAAGCACAACUGAACUGUGGCCUGUUGGUGAUGGACCUGAAGCAGAUAAAGGAAAUGUGCUUGGCAAAGUGGAAGAAUGUCAGGCUGGAUGUAGAAAUGGUAAUAAGAACACGGUGCCUGUCAGUUUGCAAAGCAAUGUUUUUGAACACACACCUCUGAAGGGUGAAAAUGAUGGUUUUCAUCAUCAACCGGGUCAGGCCCUUUCUAUCACUAAUCGUACACAUGGGUUACUAUCUGAAUACACAAAAGCACAAUCAAGCAGAUCAGGUCAUCACUUAGAGCUUGUGGGAUGCUACCUGCACCAGAUGCCUGUAUUGUCUAUCAUGUUAAACACUAAGAAUCAUGGCAGCUUAUAUAUUUAUGUAUUCUGUGGCCUUCUGGAGAGCUGCCAAAGGUUCGUUUAUGUUUAUACUGUCAGUAAAGACCAGCAAGAUGCACCACCGAGUUUUGUUGGCUACACUCCCCUUCUACUUCCUUCCUUGGACGAGUCUUUUACAGGAAAUUUUCCGUUCCAAAGAUCUGGUUUGCAAUUUACACCUGAUGGCCAAUUUCUGGUCCUCAGCUGCAUCAGAAUACCUUUUUGCAGGAUGCAGAACAUUGAUUGCUUGUGCUCGGUGUGCAAGUUGGGCCAAUGCGAGGAUAAUUCUUUGAAAAUUGUAUCUGUUAACUUGGGUUAUGUCUCACUUAUAACCAAAUUGAUGCCUUAUGGGACAGUGUCGUGCAUUUUGAUCUGUGAACCAAAUUACAUUGUAGCUAUUGAAGACAACAGAGAUUUGCAUAUCUGGAAGAUGGUCAAUGGUUGGAGCGAGAUAUCUGAGCAGUAUGUGAUUCCUAGUUUGGGUAAUAUGGGUCCUUCUAUACUGGAGCUUGGAAUAAUGCCAAAAAGCAGCUCUCUUAUUAUUGGCCAUGAUGGUUCAGGCGGCUUUUAUUUGUGGGACAUCUGCAUGCGCACACUAUUGGCAACUUUUGCAGCUCCUGGAAACAUUGUCUUCCAGAUUCUGCCAGUAGGCUUUUGUAGUUUGCAGGAUAUUAUUCAUGCUCCAGUUGAUGACAUAGAUAAGAAGCUACGAGAGAUAGGGAUCAGUGACAUGUCCAGACAAAUUGACCAGGAUCACUUUAUGAUGCCACCAAGAGAUGAUAUAGGAGUUUGGUUACUGAUUUCUUCUGCUUCAAUAGCUGAGUAUCAAUAUGAUCUUCGAAACAAGGAACACAAUCCGCGAUGGAGGCUAGCUCUGCUAGCAAAGAAGAGAGUUGUAAUGGGAAAUAUUUUGGAUACAAGAAUUACUGCUUUAGAUGCCUCCGGUAACUAUGGAUUUGCUGGAACAAAUGGUGGCCUGCUGUAUUUGUGGGAAUUGUCUUCUGGGAGAAAACUGAUUGGUGUACAGUGUUUCAACCGUGGACCAGUCUCCUGUGUUGCUGUUGAUGCCAAAUCAGGUACGGUGGCAGUGACUGACGGUGGGUGCCAGGUAUUACUUUACACUCAGGACAAGAUACUAACUGAUGCCGGGGCAGAUGAGCACAUGUUUAGGAUGGACAAAGUAACCGUUGCGGCGAGCUAACAGAAGUUUUGCUAUGUGUAUAUGUAUAGCUUACAUUUUGCUGUGUGUACAAGGUUUUGGUUUGUCCUGUACUUGUUCUGAUCUCCGGACUCUGCACUACAGCAAGUGUAGUCUGUUGUAAGUUGCCCCCACCUACUUGACAUGUUAGUUAAAGUUACAGAUCUUGCAGAUGUCAAUGUUAGCAAGCAUGCAUGCUCUUUGAAGUUGCAAGGGCCAUGAACCAUGACUAAAAAGUUGCUAGACUUUAAAGCAAGUAAAAAUAUGAGAAAUUAUUGUAUAUAGUGGAGAGGCGACAUCAUAUUGCAACAAAAAUGCACGCAUAGUUAUUUUUCCUUA